AUGACACACCUAUGCCCAACCUCCAAUGACAUUGUCCGCGUCGACACGUAUGCACGCAUCGCGCUUUACGCCUUAUCUUCGGUCACGUCUAUCUUCGGCCGUGACGUUGCCGCUGAGGGAGCACUCCGCGUAGUCACGACGGCGUGGGACCAGCUUUCCCCGGAAGCACGGCCUUCGCUCGUUGAGUUCGCAAAAAACCACUUCACAACCUUGUGGAUGGUCACGGACGAGCGACACCAAGGACUGCCGCCUGGCUGUGUUUCCUUCCGAUCCCAUCCUCGCUUUCGGUUUGAUGCGCCUUUGUACGGAGACACGUACGGAGACACGGGCGCCCGACAACAAUACAUCAUCGACGCUCCCAUCCCAGCGGGUUAUCAGGCUAUCCCGUCUACACUAUUCUCUCCUUAUGCAGGUCAAAAUCCCCGGCGGAACGUGGCCAUACGAUCGCGCGUCAACCCGAUUCCCAUUCUCUUCUUUGUACAAGGAGGUUCACGGGAUGGGUGUCUUGGGAUCCCGGUCGACAAAGACGACAACGGCGGUGUAGGAGUUUUGAACGGCCUUCACAAGCUUCAACUCCUGGAGUCUAGGUCCUCGCUGAAGAUCAAGUUCGACUGGCCGCACUACGAGAGAUCCGACGGAUUGGACAGGCAGAUUCGCAGAGCUCUCAACCCGGCGGAGAACAAUCUGCAACGCCUAGCGAUGCUCGUCGCUGGAGCCGUGCGUAACUACAUGGCGGAUAAUCGCAAGGUCCGGAAGAAUGACAGCACACUUCCGCAAUACUGGACGAUUGGUGAGCGGCCAGGAGAAAUCAACAUACGAGACGUGCUUCUCCUCGGUGUUAUCCGCACCGAUUUUGGACCUCGGACAUUCUAG